GAAACAUGAUAAAAAGUGAAGAAGUUUCUGAUCUGAAUGGCCGCUCGGCCAUGAGUGUGGACCAGCUGGGGGGUUCCUACUACCAUCCGCAUCCAUUCACCCACCCACAUCCGCAUCAUUCGCAUCCUGCCAGCCAUUCCGUGCAUCUGUAUCGCACGGGCAAUCUGCUCCCUCCUGGCGGUGGCUAUCAGACUGGAAUGGGCGGGGGUGGAGAGUCGCCCACUGAUAUGAUCGAUGAGAAGCCCAAUAUCGAGUACAUGGAUCGCAAGUGCUAUAUGGAUGCCAGUGGCAUGGCCACGCCCACCUCACAGCACUACAGCCUGAAUGCUCUGCAUAGCAUGGGAACGCCGCCGGCUUCGUCGAGUCCCAUUCCACCAUACGGCGCGCUGAUGACGGCCCAAUCCCAUUCGGCGGGCUCCAUGUCGCCGAAUUCCAGCUCGAAGACGCCCACGGAUCAGGACAUGCAGUACGUGAGCUCCUCGUCGGUGAAGGCACCACCGCUGCAGAUGCAACUGCAGCCGAUGAACCACCAGUACACAUCGACCAUUAAGUACUGCUCGAACAAUACAAUCCUCAGUGCUAAUGAUUACCAGCUGCUGACCAGCCACGAGGUGGAUCCACAGCCACAGUUGCAGCAUCACCAUCCGCAGCAGCAUCAGCAGCACCCCCCAGGUAGUGCCUAUAUGCCAAUCUCUGCCUCGCCCACGCAGGUCAUCACCAAUGCCCAUGGAAUGUCCGUUCCGAAUUACUCCAGCGCCAGCUCCUCGCCUGCCAAGUCCCUCAAUGGCUCUGAUUCCUUGCCACCAGCACCAGCCUCCAGUCAGAGCUCCCAGGGCAAGUCGGGUGGUUUGAAGGCCCAAGAUAUUACCAGUCCAGAUACAACUAAAAAGUCCGGAACUCGGCGUCCGGAAAAACCCGCUAUGAGUUACAUCAAUAUGAUUGGACACGCCAUCAAGGAGUCGCCCUCGGGAAAGCUCACACUCUCGGAGAUUUAUGGGUAUUUGCAGAAGAGCUACGAGUUCUUCAACGGGCCAUAUGUCGGAUGGAAGAACUCGGUGCGUCAUAAUCUCAGCCUGAACGAGUGCUUCAAGAAGCUGCCCAAGGGCAUGGGUGUUGGAAAGCCAGGCAAAGGCAACUACUGGACAAUCGACGAAAACUCGGCGCACUUGUUCGAGGAUGAGGGAAGCCUGAGGCGUCGUCCGCGUGGAUAUCGCUCUAAGAUCAAGGUCAAGUCGCAUGCAGGUCUUGCGAAUGGCUUUUACGCUGGCAGUUAUGGAGAUGCGGGAAUGGACAAUGCCAACUUCUAUGCCUCUCCUGCUUAUGCCAGCUAUGAUUACAGUCCUGGACCGAAUGGCGUCUCCCCGGCUGGCGCUCAGGGUUUCGGGGAUGCCUGGAAUGUUCAUGCCGCUCACAGUAGAUCCCCGGGUGUGGGCAUUGGCGGUCUGCCCCAGUACUCAAACAUCUCUUGCUUGACAGGAGGCAAUAAUUUGAAUGGAUCUUCCACCCCGCCGAUGGCCCACCCUGCCCUGGGUAUGGGCUCCGGCCCAGGCUCCUCUCCAGCUGGAUCUGUGGUGCCGGCGCUUCAAAGUGAUUAUGCGCCAGCCGCCAGUCUCGUGGCUGCGGGCUAUUCCUAUGCAACAAGUGUCAAUCGCUUGGAUAACGAUUUCCGCUCCUUAUCGCUGCAGCAGCUUCCCGGCCUGUCCACCAUCCAGCACGCUCAGGCCCAAGCCCAUGCACAGGCCCGCGCAGGCACAGGCACAGGCACAGGCGCAGGCGCAGGCACAGGCGCAGGCGCAGGCGCAGCACCACCAUCAGAACCAUCAUGAUCAUGGAUCCAUGAUCGAUCGAUAGAUCGCAAACCGGUUUACCUGCCGCCCAUAGCUCCGCCCCCCACAUCGGUGGCGGUGAAUGGCGGGGGCUACUACGAUGCUCUCAAGUACCCCAAUUAGCCACAGCCACGAGCCAAUGGGGAGUUGUCAUCAUUAUUACCUCAAAGGAUAAGCAAUUUAAUGAGCUGUUUAAGUAGUGCCAGACAAAAGAUAGUUGCAUAGU